AUGCUUGAUGUUGAUGGCAUUGGCAAGGAGAACAUUCCCCCUAAUUCGCCCUUUCGUCUACGCAAAACCGCAUCCAAACCCUCAGGUUCUUCAUUGGUUUGCAGCGACGGUCACGAAAUUGAAAACUGUAGCUUGGAUUUCAUUCCUUCCACCAUAGAGGACAGUUUUCGGAACGCUCAGAAUUCGGGAGAAGAUGACAGUGCGACUGCGUCCGAGCUGAAAAUGAAGGAUACUUAUUUUCGUAACUCAAUAGAGUCUAAACUCGUGGUGUUGAGAAAAGACGCGCUUAACUAUGGAUCUAGAAAUUCCUCACCUGAUUCGGAGCUCGAUAUGUUGCUGAAUUUGUGCAAUGAGUUAGAUCGAGUAGAUAGCUCCAUCAGAUGUCCCCUCUGUGGGAUUGACAUUUCGAACUUGACUGAAGAACAGCGACAUCUUCAUACCAAUGAUUGUCUUGACAGAGGAGAAGAUGUCGCCCUUUCUGACGGCGAGAUGGAGGUUCAAUUUGCCCCUAAAGUCGUCAGUGUCUCUCCUGUUGUUGAUUGGCUACGUGAUCUGGGUUUAUCAAAAUAUGAAGAUGUUUUCGUUAGGGAAGAAGUUGAUUGGGACACCUUGCAAUGGCUGACAGAGGAGGAUCUCUUAAGCAUGGGUAUUACUGCACUAGGGCCCAGAAAAAAAAUUGUGCAUGCCCUUUGUGAACUUAGAAAAAGAACUGCCCCUUCAAACGAACAACAUGGGGAAGCUCUGGCAGAGCCUAGAAGGAUUGGAAACCAGAAAGUCAAAUUGCAACAUGACAAAUCUGAAAGAAAAGUAGAUGGCACUAGUAAACCAGCAGCAAACAAAUUAAUUACUGAAUAUUUUCCCGGCUCUGCUACCAAUGGGAAGAAAGUUUCUGCCAGUCCUGUAGAACAACAUGAAAUGAAAAACAGUGGCUCGGAUUCUGGUCGUAAGCACAAAGCAAAAAAUAUGUCAACAAAUAGAAAGCUUCGUGAUGUUCCCAAAUGGUGUACCAUACCAGGAACGCCUUUCCGGGUGGAUGCUUUCAAAUAUCUCAGAGGAGAUUGUUCCCACUGGUUUCUCACACACUUCCACUUGGACCAUUAUCAAGGUCUCACCAAGUCCUUCAAUCAUGGAAAGAUCUAUUGCUCCUGUGUUACAGCUAGACUUGUAAAUAUGAACAUUGGGAUUCCAUAUGAUAAAUUACAUGUUCUGCCUCUGAACCAAACGGUUCAAAUAGCUGGUAUUGAUGUGACUUGCUUGGAUGCCAACCAUUGUCCGGGUUCCAUAAUUAUACUCUUUCAACCUCCGAAUGGUAAGGCGGUGCUCCACACUGGUGAUUUUCGCUAUAGUGAAGAAAUAGCAAUCAAUUCUUUCCUGCAGAUGUGUCCUAUCCAUACUCUAAUUCUUGACACAACAUACUGUAACCCACAGUAUGACUUUCCAAAACAAGAGGCUGUUAUACAAUUUGUUAUUGAUGCCAUUCAAGCAGAGGCUUUUAAUCCCCAGACCCUUUUUCUGAUUGGCAGCUAUACAAUCGGAAAAGAAAGGCUGUUCCUGGAGGUUGCUCGUUCGCUUCGUAAAAAGGUCUACGUGACUGCAGCAAAGUUGCGUCUUUUAAAAUGUUUGGGAUUUCAAGAGGAGGAUAUGCAGUGGUUUACUUUAAAUGAACAUGAAACCAACAUUCAUGUUGCCCCUAUGUGGACACUCGCAAGCUUCAAAAGAUUGAAGCACAUAUCAAGUCAAUAUGUGAGUCGAUUUAGUCUUAUAGUUGCUUUCUCUCCCACUGGUUGGACCUUUGGCAAAGGUAAAAAGAAGUCUCCUGGAAGACGGUGGCAGCAGGGUACUAUUAUAAGGUAUGAAGUGCCUUACAGUGAACAUUGUAGCUUUACAGAACUCAAAGAGUUUGUAAAACUUAUAUCUCCUAAUAACAUUAUACCAAGCGUGAAUAAUGAUGGACCAGAAUCUGCCGAUGCAAUGAUUUCUCUCAUGUUAUCUUGA